AUGAGCGCAGGCGCAGGAGAGUGUCCGGGGAAGGCCAGUCCGCACCGGGUGGACCACCUCCUCAGCGCCGUGGAGAGUGAGCUGCAGGCCGGCAGCGAGAAGGGAGACCCCACGGAGAGGGAGCUGAAAGUGUGUCUGGAUGAGAGCGAGCUUUGGCACCAAUUUAAAGAUCUCACGAAUGAAAUGAUUGUUACAAAGAACGGCAGGCGCAUGUUUCCGGUGCUCAAAGUGAACGUGUCCGGAUUGGACCCGAACGCUAUGUAUUCUAUCCUGCUGGACUUCGUCUCCGCGGACAACCACAGGUGGAAAUACGUGAACGGGGAGUGGAUCCCCGGUGGGAAACCUGAACCUCAGACUCCCAGCUGUGUGUACAUCCAUCCGGACUCUCCAAACUUCGGGGCGCACUGGAUGAAAGCUCCCGUCUCCUUUAGUAAAGUCAAACUCACCAAUAAACUGAACGGAGGAGGCCAGAUCAUGCUAAACUCCUUACACAAGUACGAGCCACGCAUCCACAUAGUCCGGGUUGGAGGCCCUAGGAGGAUGAUCACCAGCCACUCGUUCCCAGAGACACAGUUCAUUGCAGUGACAGCGUAUCAAAACGAAGAGGUAACUUCUCUUAAAAUAAAGCACAACCCUUUUGCCAAGGCCUUCCUGGAUGCGAAGGAGAGAGGUGAUAGCAAAGACCUGAGAGAAGAGGCCAAUGAAAACCAGCAGUCAGCUUACUCUCAAUUAGGUGGUUGGUUUCUCCCGGGCUCCAGCUCUCUCUGCCCUCCCGCCAGCCCUCACAGCCAGUACGUGACCCCCAUCGCCCUCUCUCCGUCCCACGGCUGUGAGCGCUACUCCACCCUGAGGAACCAGCGCUCCGUCCCCUACACCAGCCCUUACAGCCACCGCACCACCUCGCCCAUCGGUUACUCCGAUAACUCGUCCGCCUGUCUGUCGAUGCUCUCGAGCCACGAGAACUGGUCCGGUCUGCAGAUGUCGACACACUCCAGCAUGAUGCCCAUGACCCACAAUCCGACCUCCGCCACCCACUCCAGUCAGUACACCGGCCUGUGGUCUGUGAGUAACUCGCCCCUGACUCCCGUGUCCCAGAACGGGGGGAUAAACAACAGCAGCAGCCUGAGCUCCCAGUUCCUCCGAGGGUCGAGCAGCCACUACCCGAGCCUGACCCACUCGGCCACAGCGCCCUCCUCUGGCUCUCCCAUGUAUGACGGCGGCACAGAGGUGCAUGACGCAGCUCUUUAUGACACGUCUCCCCACGGGCGACUACCGUCAGCCUGGACUCCGGUGACUCCUCCCUCCCUCUGAUGGAAAUGAGCCUGUUGGAGUUAAAGGAGCA